GCGCCGAAGGAGUGGCGGAAGCCACCAGUCACCCCGGCUCUGUGCUGGGGCCGCCCUCACCACAUCCUCCCCAUGCUCUGGGGAAAAGCCCAGCACCCCAAAGGCCAGUCCGGGUUCAGCAGGAGCGGGGAGGUGAGGGCAGCCGCAGCCUGUGCCAGAGGACACGGCGCUGCCAGGGCUGGCUCUGGGCACGGCGCUGCUGGAGCCAACCCUGCUGUGGGCACCGGCUCCUCCGAGCCCUGCCACCGCCUGCCCCGCUGGGCAGGGGUGCCGCAGCUCCCCAUGGCUGCUGCCACGUGGCCCGGCAAUGCCAGCGGGGCUCUGUGCCCUGUGGAUGCCGCCUUCGCCCAGCGCUUCCUGCCCGCCGUGUACCUGACAGUGAUCCCUCUGGGGCUGCUGGGGAACGGGUUGGGGCUGUGGCACUUCUGCACGGGGCACCGGCAGGGCGCCCGCCAGCCCCUCAGCCUGCUGGUGGGCAACCUGGGGCUGGCAGACCUGCUGUACGUCAGCACCCUGCCCUUCCUCGUCAGCUACUACCUGCGAGACAGAGUGUGGCUCUUCGGGCAGGGCUGGUGCCAGACCACCCGCAGCCUCUUCCACCUCAACCUCUACGCCAGCAUCGGCUUCCUCACCUGCAUCAGCAUCCACCGCUACCUGGGCAUCGUGCACCCGCUGAAGGCACGGGGCCGGUGCCAGGGGGCUGCCUUUUCUCCGUGGCUCAGCGUGGCAGUCUGGGCAUGGGUCAUUGCCCAGGUGGCUCCUGAUCUUGCCUUCAGCAAGACGGACGACACGGGGACGCGGUGCCACGACACGACGGGGCACAACAAGCUGGACGUUUACUUGCCCUACACCUUGGCUGUCACCGUGACCGGGUUCAUCAUCCCCUUCCUCAUCAUCCUCGGCUGCUACUGCCACGUGGUGUUUGUGCUCUGCAGGAACGACACCAUGGACCUCGAGCUCAGAAGAAGAAGCAUCAGACUGGUGGUUCUUGUGAUGGUUCUCUUCUCCAUCUGCUUCCUCCCCUACCACAUCUUCAGGAACCUCAAUCUGUUGUCCCGUGUCUGGCAGCUGCAAGGGUUCUGCACACAGGCUUCAAAGAACAUCUACGUUUCCUACCAGGUAACCCGGGGCCUGGCCAGCCUCAACAGUGCCCUCAACCCCCUGCUCUAUGUGAUCACAGGCAAAGACUGCAUGUCACGGAUAAGGAGCAUCCGACAAAGAGCCAGACAGCAGCUGGGGACCACCUUCAGCAGGAACACCUCUUGCCAGGCAGAUCAGAGGAAGGGGGGCACAAUCCUUUCUAAGGAGGAGGCUUCUGAUGCUCUCUGAGGUACCCAAUGCCACCCCUCUACACAAAGGAUGCACAACUUCAGCUUGUGCUUGGCCCCUUCCUGGGAGCAGCCCCCACACUGACACCUCUUCUGCAGAGACAGUGACUGCAGUAUCAUGGGCUCCCAUCUGGCACAAGGGAUAGACAGGACUGGCAGCAUUGGAGAGCAAACUGGGACCAGGUUUUAAGAGCAAAGCUACUCAACUCGACCAUUUUGCCUACAGUACACCCGGAGAUGGAGAGAGAUGAACAUCACGUUUGCUCCAGUCUGGAAAUAUUUCUCUCCAGCAUCCAAUGCAGCAAUCUGAGCUGGUUAACAUCCCCCUCCUUCCUGGACACUCACCAAGCUCCUCAAUGAGUGAGGGAUGGGGGGGGCAAAUGAUGCCUUGUCCCCCUGCUGCAUCUCCUCUCCCCCACUGGACGUGUUUGAGAAAGGAUUCCCUCUUUCAUCUAAGGAGAGGACACUACUUGCAUCACAGGACAGCUGAGAGCGUGGUUUUUUGCAGGGGGGAGGUGCUUUAGAAAUGGAAAUAUCCAUUAAAAAAGUCAGGUUUUAAAUACAUGACUAAGCUGUGCCAGUUCCUGGGCUAGUUGUUCCUGGAUGACUGAGCUGUUUCAGGAUCUGUGGGAUCCUCUACUGCCCAUCUCCUUUGCAGAAGUAAAAAGAUUUUUAGCAUUACUCACUUUCUUUUGGAAGAGCAUAUAGCAGACAGCAACAAACGGGCAUUUUAAAGUUUUUGGAGGAUGUUGGUUGGGAUUUUAUUUCGGAAGGCAAAGGACUGCGAUAGCUUGAACCGCUGCUUACAGCAGGCAAAUCCCGGGAGAGUGCAAACCUUCGGGUGGGUGCUUUUACAUCUUGCACCCAGCCUUGCGAGGGGGUGAGAUGUGUCUCGUAAAAAUGAGACGUGCAGAAACAGAGAAGCAGCGCUGCAGGAUUCGGUGGCGAGGGCAGUCGCUGUCAUCAGCUGGGGCUGGGGGGAUCUCUGCCUCGGGCGGGGAGUGUUUUUCACUCCGGGCGUUUACCCACCAGGAAAAGCUCAAACGUUUCGGUUCCCUCAGAGAAACAAAGUGAUUUGUAACAACAACCCUUGCAGCUCGGCUGAAGGAAGUGGGUUGUGAGUUUAAAUCAGCUCGUUCUGCGAAAGUGCUGACCCGCAGACGGUGGCCCCUUCCUGGCAGCAGUCCCCACACUGACACCCCGUUUGCCCUUUGCCUGACAUUUCUCUCUGUCGGUGCCUCGCACAGACCCACCUUCGCCGCGGCGUGCGGGGAGCACGGCUGGACUUCAGCCCUGUUAAUAUGCCUAAAGUGCAAAUAAACACCUUCUGCUUUCA